GCCCAUCAGCUCGCCUCCGCAAGGGAUCACUUCCGUCUCGGGGAUCAAUUUCCGCCCAGCGCGCCCCAGACUCUCGCGCGGGUUGGAGCCAAGAUGGAGGAGUACGCGAGAGAGCCGUGCCCCUGGCGAAUUGUGGAUGACUGUGGCGGUGCCUUCACCAUGGGCACCAUAGGUGGCGGCAUCUUCCAGGCCUUCAAAGGUUUUCGAAAUUCUCCAGUGGGAAUAAACCACAGACUCCGAGGAAGUUUGACAGCCGUUAAAACCAGGGCUCCACAAUUGGGAGGUAGCUUUGCAGUUUGGGGAGGACUGUUUUCCAUGAUUGACUGUAGUAUGGUGCAAAUAAGAGGCAAAGAAGACCCCUGGAACUCCAUCACUAGCGGUGCCUUAACGGGAGCCAUCUUGGCAGCAAGAAAUGGACCGGUAGCCAUGGUUGGCUCAGCUGCGAUGGGUGGCAUUCUCCUAGCUUUAAUUGAAGGAGCUGGUAUCCUGCUGACAAGAUUCGCCUCUGCACAGUUUCCUAAUGGCCCUCAGUUUGCUGAAGAACACUCCCAGUUGCCUUCCAGCCAGUUGCCGCCCUCACCGUUUGGAGACUACCGACAGUAUCAGUAGGACUUGGUGCCCGGGAUUCCUGGAACCGGGUGGACUGUAGUUCAGUAGGGUCUCAGAAGAUCAAGUUACAGCCUGUUUAAAGCCUUAGGUGGGACACCGGCGGCCAGUCGGGCCAUGAAGAGACAUUUAACACAUUUUUCUAUUUAAAAGAGACUCAAGAGGGUGGAAAAGAUACUGAGUUUAUUUAUUCAUGCUUGGAUUGCAUCUGUGAUCAAAAUAAAUGUCUAAUAUCACUUAAAGAAUGUAUAUGAGCUUAGAAGAUAAAGGACCAAAGGCCAAAUAACAGUGAAACUCGACCAUCAUUCCUUCGGGACUUCUCUGCCUGGUGUUUUGUGUUCAGUUAUUCAAACAAUAAACGGCUCUGGGACCUUUCCUUUUAAAGUUACAGAGUUCUGCCUUUCG